CGUCUUCUUCUUGUGUUGUGUUGUCUUCUUCUUGUGUUGUGUUGUGCUGUGUUGUGAUCACGGAACGGAGGAAGAAGAAAGAAAUUAGGAGAAGAAGAAGAAGAAGAAGAAGAAGUAGAGCAGCAGAGAGGCGAGGUGGACAGGAAGGAAGAAGAGCACACGCUACGCUGCUGUGCUGCUGAAAGUUUUACAAUCCUCCUCCUCCGUAUCUAUUAUCUUCCAUCCAUCUGCUCCUCCGAUCCAGUAGCGCAGCGAUGGCCAAGCUCUAUGUGAAGAUGGUGCCGCCGCCCGAUCUCAACCGGAACACCGAGUGGUUCACCUACCCAGGCGUUUGGACUAGUUAUAUUUUGUUCCUUUUCUUCUCCUGGCUCGUCGUCCUCUCCCUCACCAAUUGCACCCCCGGCAUGGCCUGGACAAUCGUCAACCUUUGCCACUUCGUCGUGACUUACCACUUCUUUCAUUGGAAAAAAGGGACCCCUUUUGGUGAUGAUCAGGGAAUCUAUAAUCAGUUGACAUGGUGGGAGCAGAUGGACAAUGGAAAGCAGCUCACUCGCAAUAGAAAAUUCCUCACCGUUGUUCCUGUGGUUCUCUACUUGAUGGCCUCACAUACAACCGACUACCAAAAUCCAAUGCUGUUCUUCAACACGGUUGCAGUGCUUGUGCUGGUCAUAGCAAAGUUCCCAAAUAUGCACAAGGUCCGAAUCUUCGGAAUCAAUGGCGAUCAGUGAUCUGGAGCAUGUGUGUGUGUGUGUAUGGUGCCUUGUAAAGUGAGCUUGCUACACCCCACCCCAUCCCUUCCCUGCCUGCCUGCCUGUAUAGAAGUGAAAACUGGGAGUAUAUAUACACAUGAAUACUGAAUUUGUAGUUGUAGUUUGUACGAGCAUCUUCUUCCCUGCCCGGAAGUGAAGUGAAUAAAGUAAUUAUGUAAGCAAGUUGCAUCUGUACAGCACAUCUGAGCUUAAUUAUUUGCUGCAUUGGAUGUUGAGGAUUGAUUGAUUGAUUGUUUUUGCCAUGUC